AUGAGAUCGAAACGUAAUGCUAGAAUUCUUACAAACGAUAAUUCAAAAGAUAAUAUAAUUGAUAGCAACAGAAAGCCUUCUCCUUCAAAAAUUUAUAUGAAUGCAUCAAACAACAAUUAAUUAAUAUCGGAUAGCAGUUUUUAAAGGAAAGGAAGAAGCAUCCCAAAGGAUUGCCUAGGAUUAGGGAACUCCUUUCAAUGUAAUAACUUCUAAUGAUGUUAGAAAAGCUGUCACUACCGAAAAAUCAAACUCCAAGAAUGUUGAGUAAAAGUGGAAGGGCGUAUUAUGACCAUGAGGUAUACAAUUAGAUGAUAAUUAGUUAAGAGUCCUAAUUUAAUUAUAUAACCAAAGCAAGAACAAAAUAUGGAGAUAGAGUGUCUGUCCCCAACCAAAUAAUACACAGAUAUCAAACUCCCAUUUUUUAGUUCCCAGACUACCAAUAAAAAGGAACAGACUACAAGAAGAGUGAUUAAAGAUGCUUCUCUGAAUAAUAGUUAAUUUAAUUCAAAAGAGUCGCAGAUUAAAGCAUCAGAUAAAUCGAAUAUCAAUAAAAUUAGAAAAACAAAUUAUCACCAAAAAUAGGAAAUCAACCCUUAAUACCAGGUUUACGAGUUCAACUAAGAACUCAAAGCUCUAAGAGUAAAAAGAACAGAGUCUUUCGAAUGGUUGUAGGAAGAUUCGCAAGGUUCUGAGGAGUCAUCCUUCAACCAAUUCAAGCAGAUCAACUUAGGCACUUAUUACAUGGAUAACUUAAGAAAGUAUCUCAAGGGAUUAAACCUGGAAGGGUUGUAUGCCCAACUAUACAUCAAUCACUUCGUUCAACAGUUUCACAGUCUAUAACUCAGCAAACAGUUUCUUUAACCAGAUAUUAAGGAAAUAGAGCAUCGUUCCAUACAAUUAUAAUAGAUUAGUAAUUGAUGCAUUUAUUGAAUAGAGAAGCAAAAAACGUUGGUCCUUGAUUUGGAUGAAACACUAAUUCAUUGUAAUGAGUAACCAUAAAUGAAAUUUGAUUUUAAGGUUCCCAUCUAAAUGCCAAAUGGACAGAUUCACGAAGUAUACUAAACUAUAUUAAAAAGGCAGGAAUUAGUGUAAGGCCUUUUGCUUAGUAAUUUCUACAGGAAUGCUCAAAACAUUUCGAAGUGAUGAUUUUCACUGCUUCUCAUCCUUUAUAUGCUGACAAGAUUAUUGACAAAUUGGAUCCAACCAAGAAGUGGGUCACUUGUAGAUUGUACAGAGAACAUUGCAUAUAAACAUAAUAGGGUAUAUAUGUAAAAGAUUUGAGAAUUUUGAACAGAAAUCUCAAGGAUGUUGUUUUGAUUGAUAAUGCUGCUUAUUCUUUCGCUUACUAAAUUGAUAAUGGUAUUCCCAUUAUACCUUAUAUUGAUAACGCAAAGGAUAAUGUAUAAAUUAUUCUGAUUUAGGAAUUAAUUGGUGUUAUUGACUAUCUGAAAGUCUUGCUUUAAAUUGAAGAUGCAAGAGAGAUCAAUGCUAAAACAUUCAUCUUGAAGUAAAUCCAACAAUGUCAAAGUCUUGAUGAAGCCAUGAGACUUCUUUUAGUGAUAUGA